ACGAGUGAAAAUUUCUACGAGACGGCGCCGUUUAAGAAAUCUUUCAGUUGCUAUUGGCACGGCAACUCCGCCACAUAGUAGUUGCAGCCGUAUCAAUUUUCAAUGCUUUUGAAACCUUCCCUUUCCCAUCCCUAGGUCUCAAGUCGUAGUCGUUGAAGGGGAGGAUCUAAAUCCAAUGGCGGCGCAAGGCCAGGGAUCAAUGGAUCCUGUCCUAGUCGACGACAUAAUCAGACGGCUGACAGAGGUCCGAUCGGCGAGGCCCGGGAAGCAGGUCCAGCUCUCAGAGACUGAGAUCAAGCAACUCUGUGUUGCUUCCAGAGACAUCUUCAUUCGACAGCAAAAUCUGCUCGAGCUCGAAGCCCCCAUCAAGAUUUGCGGUGACAUACAUGGGCAAUACAGUGACUUAUUAAGGUUGUUUGAAUAUGGGGGAUUUCCUCCUCAUGCCAAUUAUUUAUUUUUAGGGGACUAUGUGGAUCGUGGAAAGCAGAGUUUAGAAACAAUAUGCCUUUUGCUUGCCUAUAAGAUUAAAUAUCCAGAGAACUUCUUUCUUCUAAGAGGAAAUCAUGAAUGUGAUUCUAUUAACCGGAUAUAUGGAUUUUAUGAUGAAUGUAAACGCCGAUUCAAUGUAAGGCUUUGGAAGGCCUUUACAGACAGUUUUAACUGCCUUCCUGUUGCAGCUCUUAUAGAUGAGAGAAUAUUAUGUAUGCAUGGUGGUCUUUCCCCUGAUCUUAACAACUUAGAUCAAAUUAGAAAUUUAACUCGUCCGACUGCUGUUCCAGACGCUGGAUUGCUAUGUGAUUUGCUCUGGUCAGAUCCCAGUAGAGAUGUUAAAGGAUGGGGAAUGAAUGACAGAGGAGUCUCAUACACCUUUGGCCCUGAUAAGGUGGCAGAAUUCUUAGAGAAGCAGGAUUUGGACCUCGUCUGUCGUGCCCAUCAGGUUGUGGAGGAUGGGUAUGAAUUCUUUGCCGACAGGAAACUUGUUACAAUAUUUUCAGCCCCCAAUUACUGUGGUGAAUUUGAUAAUGCUGGUGCAAUGAUGAGUGUCGAUGAAAACUUGAUGUGCUCCUUCCAGAUUCUUAAGCCAGCAGAGAAAAAAGCCAAGUUAAUGAUAUCAAACAAAAUUUGAUGGUUGCUAUAUCAUUGCUCUCUUGUCUUAAUCAAGAUAUUUUCCCUUUUUGCCUGGGGCAUUGCUGAAAUGAAGAUUGCCGGCUUCAUAACUUUCCUCUUAAGUUGAGGAGAUGCAAGUGCUAUGAUUUAUACUAAUGAUGAAUCUUUUGAGUCUGAGAGGAGGAAAUCAGGUCUUAGGAAGAGGCAGAAAAGUAUUAUAUGCACGUUUAGCUUUCUGUAGCAAUUCAUCUGUGACACGAUGUGUACAUAUAUAUUGGGUUAGGCAAUUAACGGUUGUGCUUUCCAUUGUGGGCAACAGAAAUGACCUUAUUUAUUCCCGAAUUCUUCCGUAACUAUGGUUAUUAACUUUUUGUUCUUUGAAA